AUGGUGGCGAUUAUGAAGAUGAUACGAAGGGCUUCUUCUUCUUCUUCUUCUUCUUCUUCUUCUUCUUCUCCUGGUCCCGGUACAGGGAUGCUUUCUAUUCCUUCUCCAUUCUUGUCUUUAUUACAUAAUAGAUUUCGUUCCAAAUACCUUCAUUUCAAUACUCUGGAUGAUGCCCUCUCUUCAUUUAAUCGAAUGCUUCAUAUGCAUCCUCCUCCCUCCAUCGUUGAUUUCGCAAAAAUUUUAACCUCCAUCACUAAAGUGAAACGCUACUCCACUGUGCUUUCUCUUUCCAGGAAAAUGGAUUCUUUUGGAAUUCCACACAAUGUUUACACUCUCAACGUCCUCAUUAACUCUUUCUGCCAUCUGAAUCGGGUGAAUUUCGCUUUCUCCGUUUUAGCCAAAAUCCUCAAACUUGGUUGUCAACCCGACACUGCAUCCUUCACGACCUUGAUUAAGGGCCUGUGUCUUGAGGGUCAAAUUGGCGAAGCCCUCCACUUGUUUGAUAAAAUGAUUUGGGAAGGUUUUCAACCCGAUGUAGUUAUAUAUGCAACAUUGAUAAAUGGGUUAUGCAAAACGGGGCACACUAGUGCCGCCAUCAGGUUACUUCGGAGCAUGGAGAAAGGGAAUUGUCAGCCUGAUGUAGUUGUCUAUGGCACCCUCAUUCAUAGCCUUUGUAAGGAUAGACAACAGACCCAAGCUUUCAACCUUUUCUCUGAGAUGAUCACUAAAGGCAUUUCACCUAAUAUUGUUACUUGCAACUCAUUAGUUUAUGCUCUUUGUAAUUUAGGUGAGUGGAAACAUGUUAAUACACUGUUGAAUGAAAUGGUAGAUAGCAAGAUAAUGCCAAAUGCAAUUAGUUUGACUACAGUGGUGGAUGCACUCUGUAAAGAAGGAAUGGUCGCCCAAGCACAUGAUGUGGUUGACAUGAUGUUUCAAAGUGGCGUGGAGCCUGAUGUAGUCACCUACACUGCAUUGAUAGAUGGACAUUGUUUGCGAUCUGAAAUGGAUGAGGCAGUUAAAGUAUUUGAUAUGAUGGUUCAUAAGGGCUGUGCACCUAAUGUUUUCAGCUAUAACACCUUGAUUAAUGGUUAUUGUAAGAUUGAAAGGAUGGAUAAGGCCAUGUAUCUCUUUGAAGAAAUGUGCCGACAAAAAUUGAUUCCAAACACCGUGACUUACAACACUCUUAUACAUGGUUUAUGCCAUGUGGGAAGACUCCAGGAUGCAAUAGCACUUUUUCGUGAGAUGGUAGCUUGUGGCCAAAUUCCUGAUCUUGUCACUUACCGCAUUUUAUUGGACUAUCUAUGCAAAAAUUGUCAUCUUGAUAAAGCUAUGGCUUUGCUGAAAGCUAUUGAAGGUAGUAAUUUGGAUCCUGAUAUACAAAUUUAUACUAUUGUCAUUGAUGGCAUGUGUAGGGCUGGUGAACUUGAAGAUGCAAGGGAUCUCUUUUCCAAUCUCUCCUCUAAAGGAUUAAAGCCUAACGUUUGGACUUAUAAUAUUAUGACCCAUGGGCUUUGUAAAAGAGGUUUAUUAGAUGAGGCAACUAAGUUAUUUAUGGAAAUGGAUGAGAAUGCUUGCUCAGCAGAUGGUUGCACUUACAAUACAAUUACCCAAGGAUUUUUAAGGAAUAAUGAGACAUCGAGAGCUAUUCAACUUCUUGAAGAAAUGCUUGCAAGGGGAUUUUCUUGUGAUGUGUCCACCACCACAUUGUUAGUGGGAAUGUUAUCUGAUGAUGGAUUGGAUCAAUCUGAAGCCCACAAGCUGGAGGACAUGUUCCCUCAUCUGAGAAUCCAGGUGAAAGAUACUGUGUUCUGUAAAGAAGAUGAUAUAAAUGCUCUUGGGAAAGUGAUUUCUGAUCUAAAUGAUUGGUUGGAAGAACUUGAGGAAGACAUGAUUUUCUUGAGCACACCAUCAACUUACUCAGAAAUGGAGAUGUGA